AUGACGCAUUCCGUCUUACCACCUUCACUCAAACGACCUCGCUCCACCUCGCAACCGCCUUCCCCAUCAUCUUCUUCUUCGCCCAAAAGAGCCGCGUCGGAAGACCCUUUUUCACCCACUUCAGAUUCACCUAGACCAGAUUUUCUUAGCAAUAACAAUCUCGUAGGCGGAAACAGUAGCAUGGUCGGAACUAGUAGUCCCCUGAGACCAGACACAGAUGCAGAUACAGACGAAACGGGAAGUGGGGGUUGGGUAAAAAGAACGGAAGAAGUCAAACUUGAUUCAUCAGACAAUGGGGAUGAGGAUGGGAAUGAAAAAGGGGAUACCACAGUGACUCAAGAUCAACCUCGAGCCGAAAACAUCUGGAUGAAGAGAUACGAUGAGAUUCUGAAUUUUCUUGGACCACCUUUUAUACCCUAUGAUCGAUACUAUAUCCUCCCCAAAUCUAUCAUCGGCAAACUCACUCAGCUCGCUUAUGCGAAUGAUGACGAACAAUCAACACCUUCGUCUGACGCAUAUUCCGAUGAGUUGAAAACCGCUAUGAAGAGACUUGUGCCAGACGAGUCUGAUGAAACCUUCUGGGUAAUACAAUCUUCCAAGAACUCCUCUGGAGGAUAUGCAUUAGUUGGUCAAGGUAAACAGGAGCAAGUCUGGGCUUUGGGUGACGCAGAAGAGAAUAGGGACUUUGCAUUUAUCCCAAGUGAUGGCUGGAAGAAAAUAAUAGAAUGGUUCGGACCUUAUGACGGACCUAUAUUACCUCGUUAUUGUGUACCGCCUGAAAAUAUCGAGAUCCAACCUGCUACAAUCAGGUUAUUCGUGAUCUUAGCCCCUUCUUCAGGUUACACCAAACCUGAAUCAGAUGAAGCAGCACAAGUUGAGCUCAUGUGUCCCAGUACUACAUCGAUGCCGGUUUUUAAAGACUUUGUCAGAUCUGUUGCUUCUCAAAAACUCCAACUAGAUUCGACAAUUCCAGUGCGUCUGUGGAAAAUCGAAAAGACUCCAGCAAGUGAUGAAAAACUCCUAUCAUCUGGUCCACUAGUCAUUUCACCAUCCGCAUUGGUUGGAACUUCGAGCAGUUUCCUACCCGCAGAAGAUCAAGCAGAAGACUUAGCUGAAGCGGUGUUAGGAAACUCCAAAAAUCAAAUUGUAGCUAUUGAGUUUGGGAAAACGGAGAAUGACUUGGCCAUAUGGAACGUGGAUAUCGAUGAGGAGAAAAAAGCUAUAGAAAAGAAAGCUGCACCACUCUUCUCGAAACCUGCCUUUUUCGGUGGUUCUAACACUGCUCUGACAGUACCUCAAACUUCCUCAUCUGCCGGUGGUUCAGUACAGACUAGAAGUCAGUCCAAGCAGGAUCGGAAAGGAAAGGGAUUGGUGGGAUUACAAAAUUUAGGGAAUACCUGUUUCAUGAAUAGUGCCGUUCAAUGUUUGAGUAACACUCAGGAAUUGAGCGAAUAUUUCUUGUCCGGCGUUUAUACCGAAGAAUUAAAUCGAGAUAACCCUCUCGGUAUGCACGGUAAAAUUGCUGAAGCUUUCGGAGAAGUCGUUGAAAAUCUUUGGGGCCCUUCGACAUCAUCUUACCACUCAUAUUCUCCUCGUACACUUAAAUAUACCACAUCCAGAUUCGCUCCUCAGUUUGCCGGUUAUGGUCAACACGACACUCAAGAAUUCAUCGCUUUCCUAUUAGAUGGUCUGCAUGAAGAUCUGAACAGAAUUAUCAAAAAGCCGUACAUUGAGAAACCAGACUGGAAAGCUGGUGGAGGCGAAGUGGAACUCGCUGAAUUGGGUAAAGAGUGCUGGGACGGAUACAAGAAAAGGAACGACAGUGUGAUUGUCGAUUUGUUCCAAGGUCAAUUACAAAGCACGCUAGUCUGUCCAGAUUGUCACAAGGAAUCUAUCACAAUGGAUCCUUUUAUGUAUCUUACUGUCCCCAUGCCCAUCGCCCAACACCGACACAUGAAGGUGCAGUAUGUUGCGCGUGAUGUUGAGAAGCCUCCUGUCACGGUGAAGUUGCUCAUCCCUCAAAAUGCCUCGUUUGCUCAAGUGAAGGACAAACUGGGAUCGCUGGUUGGCUGCAGACCAUCCAAUCUGCUCGGUUUCGACCUCUGGCACGGCCGUCCGUACAACUUCUGGGUUGAUGCGGAUCACAAUAGCGAAGCAAAAGAGCACGACGUCAUAGCGUUUUACGAGCUUGAUGUUCCAGUCUCGGCUACAAGACGCUCUGUGGGAACAGCUCCUACAGAUGACUCAAUUACAGUCCCUGUGUAUACCUUCAAGGCCAAUGAACACAGUCGCCGUUACGGCAAUGAAUUCCCCACUCAAUGUCACUUGAAACCCUUCUUCAUCACCCUCUCAAAAUCGGAAGUCAAUGAUCCAGUCGCUGUCAGAGAGGCUAUCAUGCGUGGCUACACUCGAUUCGUCCGUCCAGAACGCAAAGACCAACUCUACGUACAUGCUUCGAGUUCCAAAGCUGCCAUACCUGCUCAUUACACGCCGAAUCAAAACGAGGACUCAGAGCCAGUCACCGAGAUCCAUCUGAAUGGUGAUCAGACUACCAUCAUUGAAGUCCCAACUACACAUGACACAGCCUCGAUGGAUGUCGAUUCCUCACAACCAUCUUCCACUAUUUCCGGACUCCAUCCGAGCGCCUCAAGCACAUCACUUGUCAGUCAAGGCUCGACAACUGGACGUUCGAUUGCCGGUUCUGUCUCUGGUAAACUUGUAGCUCGAGCGGAUCUCUUCAAGGUCCAUGUCGCGGAAGCAGCAAGUGAACCAAUGUUCAAUUCAUUUAAGAGCAAGGAGAAGGUUAACGUGCAUCGUAUUAUCAACAAAGAGCCAAGCGAAGCUUCUUCGAGUUGGUCAUCGCUCGAAUCGAGGAAGAAGCCCAAGAAAGCUCUAUUCAAACGAAUGACCGCCGGCAUAAACUCGAUUGUUUCAACAGGCUAUCACUCUGAAGAUGAAGGACAUCUCUCCGACGCUUCCAAUACCUCUCCAAUUCAGAAUGCUCAACCUGUCAUCAGACCUGGUGAAGGAAUUUACUGUGAAUGGUCAUCAGCAUUAUUCGAAGAAUGGCUUGAUGAGGAUGCGAAGGCUGACGAAAUAGUUGAUCCCGCCAUUGAUAAAGAACUGGCGAAGAAGAAAGAAGGUAAAAAAAUUGAUAUAGAAGAUUGUUUGGAUGAAUUCUCCAAAGAAGAAACUUUAGGUGAAGACGAUUUGUGGUAUUGUCCAGUGUGUAAAAAGCACCAAGCAGCUACGAAGAAACUAGAAAUUUACAAAGCUCCAGACAUUCUUGUAAUUUGCAUCAAGCGAUUCGGCUCCUCUAGGAGGAUGGGAGAUAAGUUAGAUAAUAUGGUUAAUUUCCCUAUAGAUGGAUUAGAUCUUGGUAAAAGGAUCGGAGAGAAGAAGGUGGCUCAGAGCUUGAAGAUGAAUAGCGGAACACUAGAGGAAUAUGGUAUAGAGCAGGACGAAGGGGAAGAAAUGAUUUACGAUCUUUAUGCUGUCGACAAUCACUUUGGAGGUAUGGGCGGUGGGCACUACACUGCCUUCUGCCGAAACAGGGUUGACGGACAAUGGUAUAAUUAUGAUGAUUCGCGAGUAUCGAAAGCGGAUGUUGAAUCUGUGCAAAGCCGAGCGGCGUACUUGCUGUUCUAUAGACGACGAACCAACAGACCAAUCGGUGGUAUCUCCAGAGUCAAAGCUGAGCAAGCUUCUCGUGCUGCUUCUCCGCUUCCUUCUUCGCCAAAUGUGGGACCAUCGAAUCUUCCAUCUUCUGCGCUGGCUACAGGUCAUCCAUCGCCUGUCUCUGAAGCAUCGGAAAAACUACCUUCAUAUUCCGAUAUUGACGAUGAUACCCCACCUACACCCGCUAUGCCUUCACCUCAAUUGAGCGACCUUGGAGACUCUGAUAUCGACCCCUCAUUUGCGCCUUCUCAGAAUCAGAAAUGGAGGAACGUUGAUCUGAGCCAAGUCGGACAAAGUAUUGGUUUUGGAAAUAACGCUUGGACGACACCUUCCAAUCCAUCUGCAGUGGGGCACACCUUCGGAGGGACUUUGACUCCUCAAACGGACUCUGAUACGCUAGCAUCCUCGGCAGCCUCAACAAGCGAUGAUGCUCACGAUAAAGGAGAAGAACUUACCAUGCCCGGAGGAGUUGAAAUACUAGGUAAAAAGGACGACUAG